GGCACCUCCUUCAGUCCCUGGGCGCUCGCUGGCUGGGGUGGUUGGGACCGUUAGCUCGCCAGGCUGGCAGGCACCGGGCCGCUACUCCACUGGCGGCCGGGAUGGAGACCUUACGAGCGCAGCGGCUGCAGCCCGGAGUGGGCACUAGCGGGAGGGGCACUCUGAGAGCACUUCGGCCAGGAGUGACUGGGGCCGCAGCUGCCACCGCCACACCCCCAGCAGGCCCCCCGCCGGCCCCGCCGCCCCCCGCGCCGCCUCCGCCGCCUCUGCUCCUGUCGGGGGCUGCUGGGCUGCCGAUGCCCCCCGGCGCCGCCGGCAGCCCAGCGGUGCUGCGGGAGGCCGUGGAGGCCGUUGUGAGGAGCUUCGCCAAGCAUACGCAAGGCUAUGGCCGAGUGAAUGUGGUGGAGGCACUUCAGGAAUUCUGGCAGAUGAAACAGUCCCGUGGGGCUGACUUGAAGAAUGGGGCUCUAGUGGUUUAUGAGAUGGUUCCCUCCAACAGUCCGCCCUAUGUCUGCUAUGUCACCUUGCCUGGGGGAAGUUGCUUUGGGAGUUUCCAGUUUUGCCCCACAAAAGCCGAAGCCCGGAGGAGUGCUGCAAAGAUUGCUCUAAUGAAUUCUGUGUUUAAUGAACAUCCUUCCCGAAGAAUCACUGAUGAGUUCAUUGAGAAGAGUGUCUCUGAGGCCCUGGCAUCUUUCAAUGGCAACAGGGAGGAAGCUGACAAUCCAAAUACAGGGAUUGGUGCCUUCCGAUUCAUGUUGGAAUCCAACAAGGGCAAGUCAAUGUUGGAGUUCCAGGAGCUAAUGACAGUUUUUCAACUGCUGCACUGGAAUGGCAGCCUUAAGGCCAUGAGGGAAAGACAGUGCUCUCGGCAGGAAGUGUUGGCUCAUUAUUCACACCGAGCCCUAGAUGAUGAUAUUCGCCACCAAAUGGCAUUGGACUGGGUGAGCCGGGAACAGAGUGUGCCAGGAGCACUGUCUAGAGAGCUGGCUUCUACUGAGCGGGAGCUGGAUGAAGCCCGGCUGGCAGGCAAGGAGCUGCGCUUCCACAAGGAGAAGAAAGAUAUUCUCAUGCUGGCUGCUGGGCAGUUGGGCAAUAUGCAUUCUUCCAACUGCUAAGCAUCCACCUGCAUAUUCUCCAUCUUCUCCAAGCCCUUUUUUUUAUACAUCCUUUCUAAGACUUAGUGUGAUUUCUGUAUAUACUUUCUCAAUUUUAUACUUAAAAAAUAUAUAUAUACAUAUAUAUAUGUGUGUGUAUAAAUUCUACACCUGGAUUCUUAUUUGCUGAGAGAUCCCUUUUCUUACUUGUAGUUUUUGGAUGUAGUUGCUUUUGAAACCUCUCCACACUACUUUAUAAGAAGAGCAAACUGUCUUUGGAGCUACAUUGGCUUUUACAUUCCCAAUAACUCUGUGUAGUCAUUUCAAUAGCACAAAACAAUUGACU